AUGGGCGAAAAUCUGCCGCGAUACCCCGGACCGCCGAAAUUGCGAUCUAGCUGUGAUCAAUGCGGCAGCUCUAAAGUGAAAUGUGAUAAAGGACAACCUGAAUGUGGGCGAUGCAUCUCACAUGGCCUGCCAUGCGCCUAUGGGGUAUCGCGCAAGAUGGGAAAACCUCCGCGCCGUUCGAGUGUGUCGCGAAGUAUGAGCAGUCCUGCCGCCGCCAAUGAAAGCAACGGCAGCAAUAACAGCACCAGCACCAGCAGCUCUGGUAGGACUGAGAUGUUACUCGAGCUCGAACAGUCCGCUUGGACCACCUGUCUUGGUCCUACAUGGGAUCCAAUGGACGAGGAUAGUCACAGUAACUCGAUUAUGAACUUCUUCAAUGCCGUAGGAUUGGAUUCCGAGCUUUCGAUGCCAAGUUUUGCAAAUUUUGCUGGUAGUUUCAAUGAUGAGGCUACGAUGGAGCAACCCAACAUCAGUCUGAACUCUUCUCACUUUCCGUCCGCUGCAUCAUCCCCGAGACCUGGAAGUUAUCCGUCGCCUGGGGCCUAUCUGCUCUCUAAAAACGAGACCACAGACCACUGGCGAGGCUCGGUAACCUCAAAUAGAGUUGGCGACCAUGUAUGUCUGCAGAGACUGCAUGAAAUCCUUGAGUGUCUACCUGCCCUCGAUUCUAGACAGGCUGAGUAUGAGGCAUCGCCACCAACAGCCUCCACAGCUACAAAAGAGAGCCCUCCCCAGGUAAUGCCGCUUGACCUGAUACUCCAACUCAACCGCAAAGCGACUGAGGGACUUUUUCCCCUUGUCACUUGUUCAUGUACGAGAUUACCUCAUGUUGCUUUACUUUAUGCGUCCAUCAUCUCCCAAAUCCUGGCAUGGUACCAGCGUGCUGCUGGCUGCACACAAACGAAGUCUCCCUCGAGUGCCAGUACAACGGCAACAGAGAAGCUCACUUUUGAGGGUAACGGCAACGGCACACCUGCGAUAACAAGCCAGUCUGUUGAGAUUACUGUCGUCCCAUCAACAAUGAAAAUCGGAACCUUUAAUGUCGAUGAUCAGCGCCUGCAAACUGCCAUGAAGAUCUGCUUGCUUUUAGGAGAGAUGAAGCAGGUAAAGUGUUUGAUGGACCAGCUUCGCUCACAAACCGAUGCUUUGGAGUCUAUGAUUACUGGUGUCGAGGAAGUUUUUCGGAGCGUAAACUCAUGGCUUGGACGGGAUUAUUUGAGAAUAUACGACAUGAUGCAGUUGAAGCUGAGAGAACUGAAUACUUGA